UUUAUCUACAAUCUCUUCUGAGAAUCCAUUAGUGCAGGAUAUGGUGCAGCCAAAUAUGCUCCAGGCCAUUAAGGGGUUAUUGUUUAUCGGUAGCGUGUAAUUCAUAACUGAGUCAUAGUAGUGUAUUUUGGAGAGAUGUAUUGUCUUGACAAGUUACUCUCACGUGUCUCAGAACAAGUCUGAGAGGCUCUCGACCAGUUAGUUCACUUCCUCUUAGCUGGCGGUGUUUCCAGUUGGGUAAUACCUCCCGUUUAUUUCAGGGUUUGCUUCAGUUCCUGUUACUUGAUGGCUAAAAUACAGAGUUAUUGAGGGGAAAAAUGCGUUGCUGGUGGUACAGUCGGUGUUAUCAGACAUAAUAAAGGCGAUUUUAAUUAUUUAAUCGUGCGCAACUGGAUAUCUCACUGCUCAAAAAGUGGUUUUGUCUUUUUUCUUCUUUCUGGUAAUGGGAUGAAAUAGAUAAAAGAAAUGUUUUUAUUUCUAGCCCUAUUCAUCCUGGCUGCAACCCCCUCCAUGUGUAAAGGCCAGCAUGAGAACAACUGCAAAGUUCUCCCUAAAGAUCUAUACAUUGAAGUGGGAUCCGAUACUGAGAUAGUGUGCCAGACUUCAUGUGUCUCUGGCAAAAUCUUCUGGAGACUGAACGGCAGACGCAUAGAUGAAAGCCAGUCAAGCGCUGUCAACUCCUCACACACAGUCCUCACGCUAAGGAACUUCACCCGUCAAAGGGCUACACUGGAGUGCUGCAGUGCAAAUACUGACCUAGUCAUUGGAGGCACCACAAUCCAAACGUACUUAAAACCCAGCAAUAUAUCAUGUAUCUUGGAUCAUAAAGAUCAAUCAGUGGAAUCUUUCCCAGACUGCUUCACAUGCAACUGGCAGCAUCAGAUUGAUCCUCCACAGAAAAUAAGCUACACUGUAUUGUAUGACUCGCCAGGCAUGCACCGUGCUGAGAUCUGCAAAUCACAAAUAACAAACUGUAUCACCCCAGCUCGUGAAAUAUAUGUUUCUAGUAAUAUCACUAUUACUGUGAGAGCUGAAGCUGAUACUUGGAAAGCUGACUCUGACCCUCAUGAAUUUCAACCAAUUCACAUAUUGAAAAUGAUCCGUCCGCAGUUACGUGUAACUCCCUCCUCUGAUCACGUGUUUGUUCAGUGGAAACGACAAUCGUUUUCAAGAAAGUGCAGCUGUGAAGUCAAAUACAGCAAGGCUGUUGAUAUAGGAGCUCCUUCAGUGUUGAGGCGCAUAAACCUUUCAGAGAAUAGCAACGGGAUGGAUACCAUUGAAAAGUGGGAUUCCUGCAGUAACUACACAUUUUCAGUUCGCUGUGCCCUCGACAAGGCUCCCUGGAGCGACUGGAGCGAGAACAAGACAGUUCUGACCAAACUAAACAAGAGAGAUUUCAAGCUGUGCCUGUGGAGAAAGGUGGCUGAACCAGUGGGGAAUGGAGUUAGAAAAGUUCAUGCCAUGUGGACAGAGAUUCCUUCAACAUGCCAAGACACAUUUACCUACACGAUCAAAGUGACUCCCUCCAAGGAAGCCAUGGUGGGAGUAAACUAUACGGAUACUUUAUGUGACAACUCAACUUGUGAUGUUUACGUGAACCAAGAUGCACACAGAAUACAACUCGCAGUCCUCUAUAAUGAAGCCCUGCUUGUGGAGGACUCUGUCUAUGUUCCAGCCGUUGGAGAGAGCCUCCCUCAAGUUACCGACAUCCAGACCUCAACACUUGAAGGCAUUCUUCUGGUCAGCUGGAAAGCUUCAACUGAGCCUGUCACUGGUUACAUGAUUGACUGGACACACGAUGGAAAUCAAUACUAUUGGAAGGAGAGCAACUACACUAAUACAACAUUGCCUGACCAUAAGCAGCCAUACAAUAUUACAGUAACUCCCCUCUUUGAUGACGAGACAGGUCAUGGCACACAAGCCCUUCAGAUCUGCUCCAGAGUAGGAGAUCCGGGAGAUGUCACGAUCCAGGUUCAGGAGGACGCCAAAGGUGCCCUUGUGAGCUGGAAUGUGAAAUCCCAGGAGGCAUGCAGUGGUGUUGUUGUCAACUACACCGUCUUCUAUGGAAUACAGAACGGACCACAGCUCAACGUUCCUGUAGAUGGCACAAAGCACUUCAUCUAUUUGAACAAUCUGAAUCCAGACACCUAUUACAGCGUCCAAGUCAAUGCCACAGCUCUUACUGGAACUGCCACAAGCCGUGAGACGCUCUUUCAAACCAAAAGGUUUGAUCUGCAGCUCAUCACAGCAGUCGGUGUCUCCGGAAGCAUCGUUAUACUUCUUGUGUUAUCCCUUGGAGUAUGCUGCGCUGUUCGAUUGAAGAAAUUCAGGAAGAACCCAGUGCCUAACCCGGCUUUCAGUUCAUUGGCGCUGUGGCAAGCACCGAGUCAUCAAGAGGGAACGUGUCCCUUCCAGCCAUUCAGCAAUCCUUCAGAAAGCGUCUGUGACAGGGUUUACACAGGGGAAACCCAGCGAACGCCCACCUCUCCACUCGCUACAGGCUGUGAUGGUAACCCAGCCUGUGACCAGACAGGGGAAUACGUCGACCCAGCCACGGGCCCAGCGCUAGUAGACCCAGUCGAACCUGAAGAGACACAGCAUCUAUCUUCUCCUGAUGACUCCACAGCCCUGCUUCCUUCGGAGAACAGCCCGUAUCGAAGUCAGUCUUCUGCAGAAAACUCUGCCUCGAGGUUCAAUAAACAAUGUAAGCGUGCUCAAGUGAAACAGACAGAAAAGAUAGCACCCGUGACGGUUUACGUCACUUUGGACAUGUUACAACAAGACCAGGGCAGGUGAGGGAAAUGAAAGCAAAACAAUAUCAACAUUCCGAAAGCAAAGACAAGUCAAUGAGCUCCAAAUAAAACAGACGUGGUUUAAUCUUGCUAAAGACUUCCAUGAUUGAGUGUGGCAUGUUCUUGCCUCACAAUGUGUCCACUGUGGAGUGAGAGGAAAGAAGAAUGAUUGUACUCUUAUGUCAGACUUCAUAAGCCAGGUCAUAAAUGCUAUGUUUUGUGUAAAUAGAAUUGUGCUACUGUCUAUUUAUUGAUACCAAUAUAUAGUAUUUAUAACUAAACAAUGUGUGUAGCUGCUUUAUUAAGUCAACUUAAUGUCUUUUGCUGAGAUAAUUAUAUAGACAUAACUGUAUAUCCAUAACUGUAUUUGGCAACUUUUUUUGAUCUGAUUUAAUGCAAAGUUGAUAAAAAGGAUUAAUUUUUGUCUUCAUCUGCGACAUAAUGUGGACCAUUCCGAACUCUUGAUGUAGAUAAAAUUCAUUUUAUAGAGCAAUUGGGGCACACAUUAUGGGGUGGAAAUGAUGGAACAAAUAUGUAGCCUACAUGUACAGACUGUAUAAUAUUAUAUUACAAAGCACAAGUUUGUCCGAGCAGGCUGAGGAUUUAUGUAAAUGGUGAGAAUAUCGUUUUGUAAAAGUCGUAAUAUUGCCUUCAAUAAUAAUUCAUUUUCAUAUGUUUCCUGUUGUUAUUAGUGAUACCUGCGCUUGUUAAAACAGUAGUAAACUGCUUGCUUGACACUGGAAAGAUGUUACUCAUUGCAAUUAUUCCUGUACAACUUGGCAUUGAAUCUUAACAAUGACAUGUAUAAGCUGCUUAAUUGUAGAGCAUUUAUUGUUUCACAGCAAAUUUUAAAUAUGCAUGAGAUAGUAUAGUGUCUUUUUGGUAGAAAAUGGGGCACAAAAUGCUUCAGAACUGCACUCAAGCUGUUUACAAAAAUUAUCUAAUGCAUCAUCAUGUAUUUAAAUGAAUGUUUAUAUAUUACAUUUGUUUAAUGGGUCAAACUGUAUAAAUUACCAAUGGACACUGCAACAUGUAAUGUAUAUUCACAAAGUAAAUGAGUUUGAA